AUGUGCGUAGCCAGACUUCGAGUGAUUCGUUGUUGUCGCUCCCUCCAACAGCUCUUUGUUGUCAUGGUAAUUUUGGCCAGUUUUUCCACCUUACUUACCUAUCAAAUUGGGACUUACCUCCCUUGGACAGAUUCAAAAGGUACAAGAGUGCAGAAUCCUCAACCCCCAGGGCUGGAAAAUCAUCGCAAAGUUGGUAAUAUACCCGUUCCUCGACAACAACAAUUGGAGGAUCAUCACAAACAUAGACAUCUGUCCCAGGCUUCAAAGUCAGCUCAGAUUCUCACCAGGCUCCUACAGCUAGAGGACCAGCUAAUCGCUGUUUCCAAUCGACGGAAGGUUCUUGUGCUAGGAUCCAAUGAGAGUUUCUCACCAGAAGCUGACACCCUCAGAAGAUCCUUUCAUGAAAAUGACCUCAAAAUGGUUGCCAACAUUGAGAGACCUGGCGUGCCAAUCAAUUUGGAGAAGGACACAAGCUUAUCAAGGGAAUGGUCCAUGAUCUGGUGUCUAUCUCACAAUUGUACCUCCAACUUACUACGACAUAUCUACCAGCUGGUAAACUGGAUACCUACCCUUGCCAGUCAGUUGAUGUCACCUGCCAAACUGUGUCUUGCCCAGACCUCAUUACAAAAUAUCCUGGAUGAGCUGUCCCCCUACAGUUUCUGUAUGGUGAUGUCUGACUCUAAGACUCUGCUGCAGCCCCCAAAGUAUCCUAGUCCUAGCCUCGAGUAUGCUAUCACACCACGCCAUUCCAGACUGGAUGAUGUAACGGUUACCAGACUGCUACAUCAAACACAAAUACAUCUAGAGAAAGACACAGUAGUGUGGACUUCACCCCGAGGUUUUCUAUUGCUUGGAAACCAUUCUCUAGCUUUACGACUCUCAGUGUUGGUCUCUUCCUUGUCCCCACUACGGGUUUAUCUCCAUCCCAAGGGAUCACGGCUGGGACAGCAGUCUUUUAAGGAGCACAACACUAUACUGACAGUCCGCAGGGCCAUCACACAGGAGUACGGUCAACAAGCUGCCACCAAGUGGUGGCUCAAUUUACAACACAAACUUGUGGCUCUUCUUCUCAGCACAGAACUUGACACACACACAAGUAAUGAUUCUGAGGCUUGUGGAUGUCCGAGGUGUUCCCAGCUUUUGGAUAUUGAUGUGAUAUUUACUACAGACUUUCAGACCAUCAUACUUCAGGUGUCUGUGCCAGAGUUCACAACCAGACUUGUGGAGGUGUUGGAGGACACUGUGACUAUGAUGGCAUCUGUUGAUCGCAUCGCUAUGGAUGUGGCUGCAGUACUAGACAAUGUUGGACAAGAUGUAUACCUAGCCAAUCAGGAUUGUCCUGGAAGUUUUGGAGUGUGCCUUACAGACCAUGAUCUUGUCUACCUCCUGGACAACAAACAACAGUUUCGUGCACCCACCCAGUUUCUGAAGAUUUAUCCUCAUCUAAAAUCUAGUCAGUAUGCAGGUGUCAUAAACAAACUGCGACAAACCUCCAUACUGUCCAGAUCUGGGUCACUACAUCAACUCAGUGGUGUAGAACUUUCAACCAAUGACAAGCAGUCGAUAUGUCACAUGACUUCGGACCUCCACUCACUGUUGACAAGUAUGGAGAAUAGUUACCUGGAUGACAGAAGUGACCAAGGUCCAACACUGGAGGAAAAAGUUGUACAGAGGCCACGAGCCCCAGUACAGCCUCCAUUACAGAAAGCUCCCACAGGUAGGUGGAGACCUGGGCAGCUGGACUGUAGUAAUGACCCGAGAGAUGCACCUUACCUCUCAAGCAUCCAAACCAUCCCAGAACUCUCUCUAACACCGAACUUUGACCCCAGUCACCUGACCUAUCAUGCUGAGGUGGACUAUGAUAUGUUCCUGUUAAGGAUAACUGCCAAGGCUCGAAGUUGUAAAUAUGAGGCAAGAAUUGACACCGGUGAUAGUAAAGCACAGAUGACAAACUACACCCUUGGAGUUGGAGAUAAUCUGGUGCAUGUUUUGAUCGUGGAUCCUGCCCAACCCCAGUCUUGGGUGGUCAGUACCUACACCAUCACCAUUAGACGACGAGCCUCAGAUUUCUACCUGCCAAAGUACUCCAAAAACAUGCCACUGCUUACCUGUACCCUCAAACAAGACUGCAGUCUGCACUUUGACCCCUCACAGCCUUGUGGCCUACAACCUGUAACAGGCAAGGUUAAACGGUGGUCAGCAUUUACAGAGAUAUCCAGCCAUCUACCUCAGUGUGGGGACUCGGACAACCCAGUGUGGUAUGUACCAUGCGAGAACUGCCGAAAGAUGUCCAGUUGUUAUUGGAAACAGGCCCGUUGGCAGACAUCUGGUUGUACAUCCCAGUUCCUGAGUGCUCCCCAGGUCCAGAAGUGUUUAGCAGGACGGAAGUUACUAUUCAUCGGAGAUUCAACAAAUCGUGGGAUUCUUCACUACAUUUUAGAACGGAUCAAUGGCUCACUGACUCAGUGGGACAAAACGCACAAUCUCAAAAUAUACCGUAAUGUCAACAACAAUUCCACAGUACUCAGCUUCGCAUACUACCCACAGUUCUGGCUACCAACAGACCACAGACCUGCGUUUGAUAAGGCUGUGUACCAAAUCAUCAGAUCGACAAUGCCAUUAGAGAAUUCAACCAACACAGUACUGGUGGUAGGAGGUGUCCACUGGCUGGGCAAACACCAUCUCUCUCUUAUACUCCAGGCCUUAAACAGGGAAAGGCUCACUGGCAUCAGGCUUGUAAUGAAGGGACUGGGUGCUGGCUUCCAUCAGCUUGUUAAUGGAGUUCGCUUUGCACCAAUGGAAGAACAGCGACGACUGCUGGGCCAGGAACGUGAGACUGCACAGUUUGCAACCCAGCAUGGGUUUGGGGUUGUACCUACCUACAACAUGACAAUGGCACGAUACAAAGACUUCCUCCAGGGCAAAUGUGCCUGCCACUUUCAUAAGAUAACAGAAAAGUAUGCUGUCCCUACGGAUGAAAUGCCUUCUUAUCAUGUGGAAGGUGAUAUAAACAGAUGGUACUCUGAACUAGUUAUCAACCAAAUCUGUCAGCACCGUGCACCAGACUGAGUACACACGACGCCCUACGCAGUACAUACUACAAUACUCAAAUCUGGAGUUGUCUGCUCCUGUUCUUCAUGAAGAGCUAGUUGAGGAGUAUUCCUGAUGACAUAAUUUGCUUUAUCUAUUUAUUUGGUAAUACCGUCCAAAUAACUUUCCUGUUGGACCAAAGAUAUUCAUGAAACCAGUACUGAUAUGGAAGACUGCUAUUGUGUCUGGGGGAAACUCACCAAACACUUUGAGACUACUGGCUAUUUUCUCCUGAUGGUCGUCUUUCUUAACUGUCCUUGCCACCAGUAAAUUCUCCAUUUACAACUAUACUAAGGACUCACCUGAGUAGCAACUUGUC